AUGUUCUACAAGGGAAUUUACCACUUGUUCUAUCAACACAAUCCCAAUGGAGCUGUUUUCAACAGCAAAAUGGUUUGGGCUCAUUCAAUAUCACACGAUCUAAUCAAUUGGGUCCAUUUGAAUCAUGCCCUUGAGCCCAGUGAUCCAUUCGAUAUCAAUGGUUGCUGGUCCGGGUCAGUUUCCUUUCUCCUCAAGAACAAACCCUUAAUUCUCUACACUGGAAUCGAUUCCAGUUUCCAGCAGGUUCAGAAUUUAGCAAUACCCAUCAAUUUCUCAGACCCAUUUCUCGAAAAGUGGAGAAAAUCCUCCCAAAAUCCGAUUAUAGCUCCUCCAAAUGGCGUGGAGAGAGACAAAUUUAGAGACCCAACAACGGCUUGGCAGGGCCCAGAUGGAGAAUGGAGAGUCGCCGUUGGAGGCCACACGAGCUAUGGAGGAGCGGCGAUGCUUUACAGAAGUGAGGACUUCGUUCAUUGGCAUCAAUUCAGGUUUCCUCUUUAUUCUUCUCGAGAUUCUGGAACUUGGGAAUGCCCUGAUUUUUACCCUGUGAUGCUUAAUGGAACGAAUGGGAUUGACUUCUCUAGUGGAUUUGGGUUUGGUGUUAAGUAUGUGAUGAAAGCUAGCUUUAACUCUCAUGAUUACUAUACAUUGGGAAGUUAUGCCACUGAGAAAGAGAAGUUCACUUCUGAUUCUAGUUCUGGGUUUGAUUUUAGAGGAACAAACUUAGGGUUGAGAUAUGAUUAUGGGAAGUUUUAUGCUUCCAAGACGUUUUAUGAUAGUUCAAAGAAGAGGAGGAUAUUGUGGGGUUGGGUUAAUGAAUCUGAUAGCAGAGAAGAUGAUAUCAAGAAGGGGUGGUCUGGACUGCAGGCGGUUCCUCGAAAGAUUUGGCUCUCUAAGACUGGAAGGCAGUUGACACAAUGGCCAGUCAAGGAAAUUGAGAUGUUACGUAGAAACCAUUUUAGCUUGCAUCAUAAAGAACUUCGAGGGAGAUCAACAAUGGAAAUUCUUGGUGGCUCAGCUUCUCAGGUCGACGUGGAGGUUUCGUUUGAAUCCCCAAACUUAGAGGAGGCUGAGUCGGUGGAAACAAGAUGGGAUGAUCUUGAUCCUCAAUUGCUGUGUAGUAAAAGAGAUGCAUCAGUGAAUGGCAGAAUUGGGCCAUUUGGCUUGUUGGUUUUGGCCUCCAAUGACUUAUCUGAACACACUGCAAUAUUUUUUCAUAUUCUCAAAGCUCAUAACAGAUAUGUAGUGCUCAUGUGCAGUGAUCAGAGCAGGUCUUCUUUCAGAAAGGGGGUAGACAAAACCACUUAUGGAGCAUUUGUAGAUGUAGAUCCAUGCCACAAAAAGAUAUCGUUGAGAACGCUGGUAGACCACACUAUAGUUGAGAGCUUUGGAGGAAAAGGAAAAACUUGUAUCACGUCCCGAGUAUAUCCGACUUUGGCUGUUGCUAACGAUGCUCGCUUAUAUGCAUUCAACAAUGGAACUCAAACUGUAGUGAUUUCCAGUUUGGAGGUUUGGAACAUGUCAAAUGCUCAAAUCAAAUGAGUUUCUGAAUCACCGUACCUUCAAUUUUCCUGCUUAUGUUAGAUUUUUUUGUGUUGCAUUUGCAAAAUAAAGAAGCUACUAAGUGAUGGUGUUUGUAAUCUUCUGUAUCUGAACAAAAAUGGAUCAGUUCAUUUUAAUUAUUGCUUAUUUGAUUAGGAAUCUGAAGUUCGAUUUCAAAUUGCUAUGCA